GAGCAGGACCACGAACUCAAGAAACAUGGCUCUGAAAGAGACCAUAGGUGUUUGGUUCGAAGGUACACAGGCAUUCGAGGAGGGUAACGUUGAAGGUGCGCGGGACACGUUCCUGUCUAUAGCUGAUCCGAGUGCUCGGAUUUUAUUCAACAUUGCCCGUGUAUCGAAGUUGAACGACUCCAUCAAGUAUCUGACAAACGCCAUUGCCAAAGAUCCUCAUCUGGCUAUAGCCUACUACCAUAGAGGGCUGCAUUACUACGCAAAGAAACAGUAUGAUCGUGCUCAACAAGACUUCAACUCGUCUGAGGAGAAAAUGCAUGGUCGCCCAGUACUGGACUACAGUCAGCUGGGAAUGGCAUUCAAGCUGCAUUCUGCAGAGGUAGCGAUCACUAAGGCAGCAGUGUGGCAGAGGAAAGGUGAAAGUGAAAAGGCUUUAGAAAUCGUAAUUACAGCCAGUCAGGAAGCUGAGGAGGAUUCAAUGAAAAAAGCAUGUGUUAGUGCUCUCCAAAAACUCAAGAGUAGUAGUCAUGGUGCUCUGGAACCUAUAUCAAUACCAAAACAUUGUAUUUUUCACCCUCCAAAAAGUUUGAUAGCCAAUUUGAAGAAGAGAGAAUAUGUUGGCAAGGCGAGGGUGGUGUCUGACUACCAGCAGAAGAGCAGAGAGAGUUCGCCUGAACCCACCAGCAGGCAGUCGAACAAUCAGCCCCCGGAUCUCCCUCCCAGGCACGGUAACCAGCUGAAUGUUCCCCCUGAAAGACAGAGAAAAGCUCAAACACUACCAGGAAGUAUAGAACCUAAAGCACACCAGGCAUCACAAGGAUACAACUUAACUGUUGAUGGACAGAAAAAGUCUGCAACAAUGGCAGCCCCUUUUACCACGAAACAUUUGCCACCUCCUCCUAACAGAGCAGCACCUAUAUUAAAUAUCAAAGAUUCUAAGUCAGUUGAAGACCUAUCUUCAAACAAACAGAAAAAUUCUUUAUUUGUAGAAAAAGAUAGAGUCAGAAGACACAGCCAUGACAUUCCUAGAGAAUUGGAUUCACAAUUACAGAAAGCUUUAGCAGACCAUCUUAAGAAAACGAAAGGAGAAGCUUCAAGUAGUAAGGACAACAGUGAUAGAAAUGGUAACGCACCACCCCCUCGCCCCCCACGCCCCCCUCCCCCUGGGAUUGUGAUAGAGUCUGACAUUCCUCCUCCAGUUCCUAGAAAAGACUACCCAAAACCUCGAUGAUGCACAUAUCUAUUGUUAUAAGAAAAUGCUAUUGUUGUAAAUUGGAUUGUCUUUGUCAUGUGUCAUGAAGAAGGGCUGUGUUAGAUCUCACUUUUACAUUAGCAGUACACGGUAAAGGCCCAUUAAAGAUAUCAUGUCUAUAUCAGCACCAGCAAUUUCUCCCAGAGUGAAUUCAGAUACCCUAUGUAACCGCUUAAGUUUGUAAGUCGGAGGUCACAUGUUGUUAAAAAUAGAACAACAGUGACUGCCAUGCUUUUUUUUUCUAUGUAAUAGGUUCUGAUUUUAUUUAGGUCAUCAGGUCAGAGGGGUGAAAGGUCAAAUGAACAAUUACUAGAAAUAUGAUCUGAUUCUAAAAUUAGAAAUUCUCAAACUGUAUAUACUCAUCCAGUCCUGAUAAUAAUUAUUUCAAUGAUAUUGAUGUGGGUCUGCAACUAAUCAGUAUCUAUUUCAUGUCCCCUGAGACGGUGUCCAUAGCAACACAAAUUUGGUCCAUAGGUGUAUCAAGAAGUCAACUAGAGGAGUUUUGUUGUCAUAACAACCAUGAACAAAUUGAGACAUAUGAUUGGUUGAAAUGCCAGACUUGCAUAAUAAAUUAGAAAUCUUUCAUGUUUAAGAGACAUACCAGUGAUUGCUGGCAAUCACAAUGUCUAGUUUGAUGUUAAAUAAAUCUGAAAAUUGUGUCGGUUUCAUCUUUUAAAAAGGUAAUUUACCUGUAGACAGUGAAUCCUUCAUGUAAUGUACUUUCAUGUAGUCAUUCUAUACAUUGUCUUAAUCCCCUGAAGGUUAUUUGCAGGGAUUAUAUGACACAUAAAUUUGUAAACUAGGAAACACCUUUAAUCUACUAUCAGUCAUUACUCCAUCUUGUUAUGAUAAGAAUAUGUAUGACCUCAACUUCAAGUGUGAUAGCAAACUGAUUACAGUGGUGUAGUGUAAUCAACAACAGCUGUGUUCACUUCCUUGAUAUGUAAAUGUAGAUAAUAGACACUACCCAUGUUGAUUUAAAGUUUGAAUUUUACAUCCAUCAUUUGUAGUGUAGCCAUACAGAACAUCAUAUUAUAUUAUAUAAUAAAGUAUCAUAUUAGCUUUAUCACAUCAUAUCACAUCAUA